AGUCACCCAUCGACUUCAUCCAUCGUCGGGCCGGUACCACAUGAAUAUUCAUUUAAUUUUCAUUCGUUUUCGCGCCUAAAUUUUUUCAAAAAACAAUAAUAAUUCCCGAAAAUAGGGCGGAAGUGUCAAAAAUAAUCGUUGAAAAAAGGAUUGGCAACAAGUUUAAUAUUUUUGGUGUUUUAUUUAUUUAUUUUUUUUAUAAAUAAAAUAUCGGUAACGGGCCUCCAGCGAAAAAAAAGCCCGGAAACAUGUUUCAUCUACAGAUAACAGUUCUCUGUUUGGCAGUGGCCACUGUUGUCUGUGAUUUGCCACCAGGUACAAGAAGAAACACGUAUCUACCACCAGAGCCAACGAAAGGUGGUUAUGACUACAAUAAACCGCCUGGAACAUUUCCAAGGCCAACGACGGGAUUCCCAUCGCAAAGGCCAACAUUUCCAGUAGGUCCAACGAGACCAACCCCCACUUUUCCCACGGGACCAUCGAGGCCUUCAACACCAGGUGGUAGACCAACGUAUCCUGGUCCAGGACCAAGGCCCACACCCGGUUUUCCCACACCUGGACCACGACCCACUACCGGAGGUGGUGGUUAUCCCACACCUGGACCAAGACCCACACCAGGAUUUCCCGAUUAUCCUGGUUCGCCAUCAGGAAAUAAUGGCAACGCUAUUGAUCACGAUCACGGUCACCAUGAGCCAGGCAUGCCUUUUGAUUUCAAUUAUGCCGUAAAGGAGGACGCUUUUGGAAAUGAUUAUUCGCAUAACGCUAUUAGUGAUGGUGAUGUUACACGAGGGGAAUAUCGAGUUCAAUUACCAGACGGAAGACUACAAAUUGUUCGCUAUACAGCCGAUUGGAAACACGGUUUUUCAGCUCAAGUAUCCUAUGAAGGACAACCACGAUUCGAUACACCAGGACCUGGUAGAAAUUUCCAAGGAUACUAAAUGAUCGAAAAAAAAAAAUUUGUCCAAAAAAAAAGAAUAAGAAAUUUUACUCGAAAAGUGCACUUAAAAAAAAACCUAUAUCUUUUUAUAAACAUAUUGUGCUUCGAUAUUAUACUCAAUAUUUUUUUUUUUUUUUCGAAAAAUGUAACCGGAAAAAUAAUUUUCUUGGAAAAUUUUUUUUCAUUCUGGAGAAAAUUCUCUUUUCGUCGUAAAAUUAUUUCCAAAUUUUUAUCGAAAAUUAACAGAAAAUUUUCUUGUUGAAAAUUUUUUUGAAUAAAUUUUCUCAAUGAAAAACUUUUCUUAUUAAAAAUGAAUAGCAAUAUAGAAUUAAAUUUUUUACAACUAAACUAAUCAUGUGACAAAAAAAUUAAUUUCACAUCUUUACAAUAAGGCGACAAUAAUUUAUAAUAAUUACUGUAGAAAAAAAAGAGAUUUCAUUAGAAUUUAGCGAAAUUGUAAUUGGCUAAUAUAAAAUAAUAUUUUCCUUUUUAUUUACAUACAAUUAAAUUAAAAACUGAAAAAUUAUUUGAUAAUUCCUUUUUUUUAAUAAAAUUAGCUAAUUAUAAUUUUCGCAAUUUUCAAUUUGAUUUAUAAUAAUGAAUUUAAAAUAAUGAUAAGUUAUUAUACAUAAACCUUUUUGUACAAUAUUUAAUCGAUUAAUUUUGCAAAAUGUGCCUUCUGCCAGUGCAAACACUUAAACGUUCACCUACUCAGGUAGAUUAUAAAGAACGAAAAACGCCGAAAAUCGAAUACUCUUACAAUUUCUUAUUCCAUUUGUUUUUUAGUUUUUUUUUUUUUAAAUAUUUUUUCACCCUUCGCAUUUAUAAAUGUUUACCUCCCAUGUAUAUAUACUUUAUUUUUCUAUCAUAUUUUUUUACACUAGUAUCAUUUAAAAAAAAAAACAUUUAACCAAAUCUCUUUAGAAAAAUUAACGUUAUUAUUAAUAAUUUGUGCAAAUAAAGCCAAUGACAAAUGUUUUAUUA